AUGCCGCCCAAACGGAACUCCUCGCGGCCCACGCACUUGCAACCCCAAGCUGCCCAAUCCGAUUAUGACACCGACACGGCAAACAACACGGACAAUCAGCCAACGGCACUCGUCUCCCCACCGCCCGUCCGCUCCAAUGAGGAGUUGAAUUUGCUUGUGGUACGACGCUGGUGUCCCGAUAUCACCGGCAUCAUUGCGAUUGCACCCUUCGCCGGCCUGUACACAUGCUCGCCUGAGACGCAGCAGUGGGAGAAGAGCGAAACGCAAGGCACACUUUUCAUUUGCCAGCUCAUCGGCAAACCUUUUCCGCGAUACAGAGUGAUCAUCCUGAAUCGUAAAGGGCCGGAGAACUUUCACUUGGACCUGAUCAGCACGGAGAACAUCGAGAUUACGGAGGAGUACGUGAUUGUACAGAUCCAAGGCGAGGACGAUACCCCAUUGAUAUACGGACUAUGGAUCUAUUCCGACGGUGACACCUCACCGGAUACUAGAACGGUGAUUUCGAAAACCAUCAUGGAAUGUGCAAUGAGGGCAGAGCAGGACGCGCAAAAUGCAGAGCUCAGUGGCAUGAUGGGUGAACACGACACUUCUUAUGGGACGAGCCAGACCAUCGAGACGAACGAAUCUUCGUACGCAACGAAUGGCCGAUAUGCACAGACAAGGCUUCCCGCUGAGCCUACUGUGCAUCGUCAACAACUUGCUGGGCAGCAGAUCGAUCUAGCAACCCUUUUCGCAAAGCCGCAAAUGCAGCCAGCCGCUCAGACACAACAGCCACUGCUACCUCAUCAUUUGGCCAAUCUUCCAGCUAAUGCUCCGCCGGACUCUGAAGCAUAUCGCCAGAGUACUCAAUUCGUAACACCGGCGGAAUUUGACACAUCGAUAAGAGUCCCGCCGCCGGCACAAGCGGCCCCACAACAGAAUUCGUUGCUGGACCUGUUCAAGAAUGCGAAAAGAGGGUGA